AUGCCCGUUCGUCGCUACGGUGGGCGCUACAACAGCUCCUCGCCCGGCGUGUCGAAUGCGCUGAACCCGAGCCGCACCGCCGGUUGGCCACUAUCGCCGUCGCCGGCAACGGGCUCGAAGCCCGCGUCCACGCACCAUGAUCCUGUCCCACAGGAGGCCUACUACGUAAAGGAUGAAGCGGACGCUCGGCAUCAGCAGCAGGCCCCCCUCCGGGAGCCAAGCGUCGAGGUUGAGGUGGAGAUAAUAGACGACGAGCCGCCGCGUGGUUCGCAGAAGCCGUUGAGCGUGGCGCCGUGUACCGCGAACGCCAACAACAGCAGCGGCGGCUCGAAAUGCAACGCCAUAACGGCGUCUCGCUACACCUUUUACACCAAUGCGUACCAGAAAAGUGUGUAUGAGGCGUUGCGCUCGCUGCGGCCUCUGCCGGAGCUGCAAGAGCCGCGUCGCGUCAAGGAGUACGCGGAGACCUCGCUCAAGGACUCGCUCUACCGCAUCGUCGAGGCACACGACGUGAUUAUGGUGGCCGGCGCCUUUUUCGGUGACGAGGGCAAGGGCAAGACCGUGGAUGCGGUGGCCCGCCACCCGCUCUGUACGUGCAUCGCGCGCGUGAACAGCGGCGAGAACGCCGGCCACACCGUCUACGACAAGGCCGGCCGCAAGUUCGUCUUCAACCUCGCACCGUCCGGGCUGCUGUUGCCUGGCAAGAGAAACUACAUUGGACCCGAGUGUGUCAUGGACCCCGUCAGCUUCAUGGAGAAGGAGGUUAUUCAGCUGAUCGACGCCGGUAUCGACUACCGCGACCGCCUCUUCAUCGGCAACGUAUGCAUUGUAACGCCGUACCACAAGCUUCUGGACCUGCUGGGCUCAGCAGCGAACUCGUCAACGCUGAAGGGCAUGGCGCCCGUUCACGGCAGCAAAGUGAUGAAGCGCGGCAUCCGCCUGGACCACAUCUUCAACGACGACGAGACGCUGCGCAAGCGGCUUGAGAAGGACAUGGACACGUACUUUGGUCUGCUCAAGGUGAAGAACCUCUCGGACGCCGACGUGGUGCGCCUCUGCCGCGAAGAGAACAGCGACGGCGUUGUGCGUGUGCCAGACUACGUCAUUGCAUUCGCGCAGGCGGAGGACAAGGUCGAGUUUCUCGUGAAGCUGUAUCGCGACCGUGUGCGGCACAACCCGGGCUUCCCCGCUCGCUGCGAUGUCACCUACGAGCUGCAUGCGGCGUUGCUGCGCGGCGAGAAGGUGUUGCUCGAGGGCCCGCAGUCGUACUGGCUUAGCAACGCGCGCACAAAGUUCUGGGAGAGCACGACGUCCGCAGACACCACGGCGGCUGGAUUGCUGGCGGCCUCGCAGCUGAACUUCCAGAAGUUCAAGUCUGUCGUGCUGAACGUGCACAAGGCGCCGGGGUCCAGCCGGGUUGGCAUUGGCGCCUGCCCCAGCAGCUUCGUCCCGCAGGACUACUUCAGUGCCCAGAACAUCAAGACGCUGCGCGACUUGCCGUCGGCGACGUGUGCCCACUUUGAGGCUGUGCAGCGCACGCUCUUCCGCGACGGCUUCCCGCACAGCAACGACAAGGCGAGGCACAACGGCAUCAUGGCCCCGGUAGAGUACUCGGACGAGACGGGCACGUACAAUAUUGGCGUCGCCAUGGCCAUCGCCUCGGCACAGCACCACGGCGAAUGCGGCGCCGUCACGAAGAAGCCGCGCGUGUGUGGCUUCUUCGACUGCGUCCUGCAUCACGAGGUGAACAACAUCCAAGGUCCGUACCUCACCAUCUCCGCCCUCGACCGCGGGGACGAGUACGAUAAGGUCGGCGUGACCAUCGCCUACGUCUACUACAGCCCAGAGGGCAAGCAGGUAGACGUGAAUGGGCACGUGUACAAGAACGGCGACAUCAUCCGCGCCGGCGAUCCGGUGCCGAGCGAGCCCGCACUCUACCACUGCCAUCCGAUUGUAAAGUUGAUCGACGGCUGGCGCGACAACCCGAUUGCCGCGGCGAAGCGCCGCCGCAACGCACCGCUGCCGCGCGGCGUGUGCGAGCUUCUUUCCGCCAUCGAGUACUUCACCAACUGCAAAAUCCUCUCGAUCGGCAACGGGCCGAACGGAGACGACAUCAUCUACCUCCGGCAGUAA